AUGGCCUGGCGCAGCUCGGGCACCUCCAACAGCGAGCUGGUCGAGAACCUCUGGCGCAACGAGAUGAUCACCCACCCCGAGGUGAAAUCCGCUUUUUUAAAAGUCGACCGCGCGCAUUAUGCUCCCAGGUCCCCAUAUGAAGACUGUCCUCAACCUAUAGGGCACCACGCUACUAUUUCAGCGCCGCACAUGCACGCCUCUGCGGUGGAGCACUUGCUGCCGUUUAUAAUGCCGGGCGAGGAGAAGCCGGCGCCGAGGGUGCUAGAUAUAGGGAGCGGAUCGGGGUAUUUGACUCAUGUGCUUGCCGAGCUGGUGGGGGAGAGGGGGAGGGUGGUGGGGGUGGAGCAUAUUGAGCCGUUGAAGGAGCUGGGGGAGAGGAAUAUGAAGAAGUCGAGGGAGGGGAGGGAGUUGAUUGAGGGGGGGAGGGUUAGGUUUAGGGUUGGGGAUGGGAGGAAGGGGUGGAGGGAUGAGGAGGAAGAGGGGAGGAAGAGUUGGGAUGCGAUUCAUGUGGGGGCGGCGGCGGUGAAGGUGCAUGAGGAGUUGCUGGAGCAGUUGGCUAGUCCGGGGAGGAUGUUUAUUCCUGUGGAUGAUGAGGAUGAUCCGCAGGGGUGGGGACAGCAUAUUUGGUGUGUGGAUAAGGAUGAGAAGGGGGAGGUGAAAAAGAGGAAGUUGUUUGGGGUUAGGUAUGUGCCUUUGACGGAUGCACCGAAGGCUUGA